GGCGACAGUCAACGGCACGGCACACCUCUCCUUCGAGACUCAACCACCAAGUCGACAACAACAGUAAGUGAUGGGGCGUCUCAUCGAGUACCAGGUCAUCGGGCGUCACCUGCCCACGGAGGCGAACCCCGCCCCCAAGCUGUACCGCAUGCGCAUCUUCGCGCCCAACACCGUUGUGGCCAAGUCGCGCUUCUGGUACUUCCUGACCAAGCUUCGCAAGGUCAAGAAGGCCAACGGUGAGAUCGUCAGCAUCAACGUGAUCCACGAGAAGCGCCCUCUCAAGGUCAAGAACUUUGGCAUCUGGAUCCGCUACGACUCGCGCUCCGGCACUCACAACAUGUACAAGGAGUUCCGUGAGAUGAGCCGAACUGAGGCCGUUGAUGCCCUCUACCAGGACAUGGCUGCCCGUCACCGUGCCCGCUUCGGUUCCAUUCACAUCCUCAAGGUCGUUGAGAUCGAGAAGGCCGACACCAUCCGCCGCCCUUACAUCAAGCAGCUCCUCACCAAGAACCUCAAAUUCCCUCUCCCCCACCGUGCUCCCAAGAGCAACAACCUCUUCGCCCACUCCCGUCCUGCCACCUUUGCGUAAAUGUGAGGGUGUUUUGAUGAGGUUGUUGGGUUUCGGAGGAUGGAGUGUGAAUGACUGUGUAAUGGCCAUAGCAUGCAUGAAGGACAAGGAUCGCGCGAAAGAACAAGGCGUGUAUCGAUUUCCCCGUUUGUGGGGAGGAUGGUUUGGAUGUCUCUUUAGUCCUCUGCAGCGACCCUUCCAAGUUAUUUAAAAAAAAACGGGGUUUUCAUUCUGA